CGCUGGACGGGACAUGUUGCGAGAAUGCCGGACGACUGUCCUGCAAAACAGAUGUUCGCUACGAAUCCGGUAGGAACAAGACGAGCGGGGGCGCAACGAGCGAGAUGGUUAGACCAAGUGGAGCGUGAUCUGGCGAACGUGGGAUGCCCGAGAAAUUGGAGAACGGUUGCCAUGGACCGAGUGAAUUUUAGGAAUUAUGUUCGUCAAGUUAUGUCGUGAGACGGAAUACUAUGUAAAUAAAAAAAAAACUUAUACUCCUCCUCUUGUUGAUUAAAGGCCUAAUCUCUCCUCUUGCGACUCGAGACUUGACCUCUUAUCGUUAAGACUCGGUGUUCAUCAGACAAACCUCACACCUGAAGACUUAAGGGCUGACCUGUCCUCUCCGCUACGAACGGGAUGUUUUCCCGACGAUGACGAUCCUAUACCGAUGAAAACUUCUUACUCUUCUCCUUUGAGCCAAUCCUUAUUUACAUCCUCCAUACAAGGUCCACUGUGAAGAAGGUUCUGAAGAUGUCUACAAGGGUAUAAAGAUAUUCCUGAUCCUCACCUUGUUAAACGAUAAUGUAAAUCUACCCUCAAUUAUCUUACCAACAAAAAACUAAAUCUCUCCAGUUACAGAAGAACUCGUUGAUCUUAGCUAUCACAUAACUCUCUCGGCUAUUUGAAACUAACCAGAUGUUUUUUUUUCAGGCACAAUGAACAUGGACGACUCUCCUCUAUCUACGGUGAACAAACUGACGCAACUUCGGAAGGCGAAGUCAAAUUUGGCACCAGUAACAACGACUAGCUCGGCACCGGUUCCUAAAGAACUGAUCAAAACUAAUUCGUUAAAGACUGACCUCAAAUCCGUUAACAAAUCACCCUCGUUUAUAAAAGAUUUAAAUGAGGCAAAAGCGCGAAACCACAAAGCGGGUUCAAUGUCCGACACAGCAAGUUUCACUGAAUCUUUGCUGGAGUCAUCAGCCUUCGUUCCGAAUAAAGAAGCUCAACCGGAUGGGAUUCGAGGAUUUACGAUUAGUCCAUUCCAAAUGUCGACACCUUACUCGGCAGCUAAGACCAUUUCCGACGAUGGGACUUAUCGAAUUUCGACGGGUAAGAAACCUCUACUGGACACCUAUCGGGUAUCGACAGCUACUAAGAUGUCCGAGGAGCAGCUGGAACUACCUCCGGUUCCAACGAUCAAGGAACCACCCAAGUGUCAGAAACAGAUUCUGCUGGAUGUGGCACCGGUUAAACCGAACAGGAAGCGACGUUCUAGCUCAGCCACUCGCCAGGAGCUACAAGAAGCCGAACGUAUGCGACAGGAAACGGAAGUUUAUCAGAAGCGAUCGCGAUCCCCUUCGAAUUUUGCGGAACUGAAAGCGGUCUCCAGUCAUCAGGUGGAGUAUCAGCAGACACCCAGGAGUACGGUUCCUUCGCAACGGGGCGUAGCUCAACCCAGCAACAAAUCAUUUCUCUCGCCGGAGCCAAGAUCACGGGAGACGCACAUCUACGGCGGGGGAUUGCGAUCUCCGUUCACUUCUCCCAAGUCAGUUGCUUCCAGUAUGCAAUCGGACCCGGUUGAACCGGUAGUCUUCAACGAGUUUUACAAAUCGCCAGUCCGGGAGACGGGUAGAGCUCCAGGCUCGGUUCGAUCCGCCUCCCAAUGCUCGGUAGUAAGCAGCGAAACGAGCCAUCGGGAGACGCUGCCUUUGAAAGCUACCCACAGUGAAAUAUCCUGGGGCAGCACCAAGUUGCGGAAGAGCGAGAAAAAGUCGAUUCAAAUAAAGAAUGCUUCGAACAAAAAGCUCACAGUCAAGGCUUCGAUCACUGGGCCCGGUUUUCAACUUUGUGGAACAGAUGACUUGCUGACAUUGCAAAGUCAGGAAUGCCGUUCAAUUGUGGUAGAUUUUUGCCCAACGGUUAUUGGCGCUGCAGUCGGUUUGUUGAGCUUUUGUUCGCCGCAUGACAGUUACGCUCAACGGGUUGUUUCACUGUACGGUUAUGGUGGAGAAUCUUCUGUUAGAGUUGAGGGAAUCCAGAAAGGACCAAGCGGUCCGUACCUUGAACUGGGCCAAGCACGUAACCUCGGUCGUCCAUUGGAGAAAACUUUUUCGCUUUACAAUAAAGGCAGUCUACCGGCUUUUGCACGUAUCGGUAUCGAUAAAAAGGGAUUGGACCAAACAUUCCUAGCUUCGGCAGUUUAUGUGCAGCCCCAAGUUGUGAUCAUCCCCCCGAAUAGCUACAGCCACAUUAAGGUUAUCUUUAAACCUCGUCGUCAAGAAGUUUCCAAGAUCCUGCAGAAGCAGGUCGAUGUGUUGUCCAUCACCAAUUUACACAUCCUGUGGGGUGAUGAACCUACCAGGCAUCGUAUUCGCAAGCUGGUUGCCCUCGUUAGAAAGAACGAUCUCAAGGACCCGGAGAAGUUUACCCCCAUGGCAUCCAUCUGCCAACCAAUUCCAAACGAAAAGGAAUUCAACGAACUUGAGUCUUUCUCUGAGAAUGUCUUCGAUACGAUUCAUGAGCUUUUCCUCACGUUCCGUGAAUACGAACUGGUACUAACCAUUGAUCGGGCCCUCGACGACACCAUGUUGGACCUUACGCUAUCCGAAGACACCAGUGCCCUGUUCAAAACCAUGUGUGCCUCAUCGGAUGCCGGUUCUCCUCGACUGCCGGACGAAAUAUCACCGAGCAUGUCGGCCCUGCAAUCCGCCAAACGAGACAGCGGUGAGUCGUGGAGUGUUCGGCCAACUUAUCUGGAAUUCCGCGGCGAUGAACGGACCAAACAAUUUGUGAUCAAAAGCAACUUCUAUACCAGCCAAUUCUUCGAACUGAAUUCCAACUUCCGUCCGCUGUUCAAAUUUUCACCCAUGGAGGGACAGAUUCGUCCCGGGCAAGAAGUCGUUAUCAAUGUCAAUUACCAAUCCGGGCCUCCGGUGCAGCAAGCAAUUUUCAUUGUGGUCUACAUUGAAAACGAAAAAAUAACUAUUCCAGUGUAUGUCCGCCGAAAUCGACCUGGUGUUGGUACCUAUUCUUAAGCUUCGUGGCAGUUAUUUUACCUUUUUGAUUGUGCUUUUGUUUAUUUAUUAUUUUAAAAUUUGUUUAUGAAACUUAGCUUUAUGAUCUGUAGGUAAAUUUUAUGCAAGUAAACUUUAAGAAUUCUCAUAG